AUGGAGUCCAACCUGCAAGGGACGUUCCUGCUGAACAACACGCCGCUGGCUCAGUUCUCGGAGAUGAAGGCCCCCGUGUGCCAGUACUCGGUGCAGAACUCCUUCUAUAAGCUUAGCCCCCCAGGGCUGGGCCCCCAGCUGGCCGCCGGGACCCCCCACGGCAUCACGGACAUCCUGAGCAGGCCCGUGGCCACGCCGAACAGCAGCCUGCUCUCCGGCUACCCCCACGUGGCGGGCUUCGGCGGACUGGGCUCCCAGGGGGUCUACUAUGGCCCCCAGGUGGGGAAUUUUUCCAAGGCUGGGAACGAGUAUCCCACCCGGACCCGGAACUGCUGGGCCGACACGGGCCAGGACUGGCGAGGCGGGCGGCAGUGCAGCAACACCCCGGACCCCCUGAGCGACAGUAUCCACAAGAAAAAGCACACUCGGCCCACCUUCACGGGGCACCAGAUCUUUGCCCUGGAGAAAACCUUCGAACAGACCAAGUACUUGGCAGGCCCUGAGAGGGCAAGGCUGGCUUACUCACUGGGAAUGACAGAGUCUCAGGUCAAGGUGUGGUUCCAGAACCGGAGGACCAAGUGGCGGAAGAAGAGUAUCCCCUCUGGCCAGAGUCCUGCCUGUACCCUGUCUCUUCCCAAACCCAAGCCCCAGACAUAG